CUGGAAGUGACUACUGUGAGCCUCCAACUGACAUGGAUUCUGGUGAGGAAAGCUCACCAUGUCACCGACCUAGCAACAAAAACAAAACCUCUUCAGAUAUUAAGUUUGUCAAAUAUGGGGAAAGACUUGAUAUGCCUCCAGAACUAAUUGUAACUCCUGCACAGUUUCAGAUAAGUGAGACACCUAUGGCCAUGGACAUCACAGAGAGAUUAACUGUAACUGAAGAACAGCAAUUUGUGGAAAAAAGAAUCCAUACCUACAACUGGUACCAUGCACGUUGCCCACCACUUUCUAGGGCAACUGCUGCUCCAGGCUAUUGGCAAAAUACAGUAGGUGACCUUGCCAGUGAGGUGCAAGUGAAACUUGGUACAACACUGCGCCAGAAGCUCUGGACAGCUCUACCGUGCAGUUGUCAUGGGACUCUCGAUACUCAUUGGAGUGGUCAUCUCUCAGCUCAUGACAUGCUGCUUCGUUCCUGUUCAAAGAAGUUGGUUGCAUUACAAAGAACUGGUGGAAUAUCAUUUGAUACAUCUAGGAAUGUCACUUCUGCUUCCCAUCAACAACGUAAUGUGCAGUCAACAGAUGCAGACAACAGGGGUCACACAAGUCUCAAGUGGAAAAGAUACCGUAAACUUACAGAAAUUCCAACUUCAGAUAUCACUAUACAGCUCACACAACAAGCUUUGCAAUCUGGCUCUGAUACAGAACCUGGACCUUCACACCAAGCUGAUACUGCCAAAAAGAAAAAAAAGAAACGUAAAACUACACAUUCCAGGAAAGGGAGACGUCUACAGUCAGCCAGUGGUCAUUGCUCACCAAAGAAAAUCACAAAAUCUUGAUAAAAAACUGAACAUCUUGAAGCAUUUAGCAGCAUAAAUUACUUGAAUGUAAUAGUGCCAAACUGACUGAACUGUUAUGCACAUAUCAUAUUUUUAUGUUUCUAAGUAUAUCAUACCUUGGUAUUCCCUACCUCCAAGUGUGGAAAUGGAAGAACAGUAACUGAUUUAUUCACUUAGCGUAUGAAGAGUCCAGGGGAAAAUCCUGAUAAGUCACAAUUCUUAUUUUUUUCAGGAGACGAAAUUUAAAGUUUCAAGACUCAUAAAAUUUUACUUUCUCAAGUUAUAUUCUUCAUUUUUGUUUUAGACCUCAAUAUAUCUUUCAGAGAAAGAGCAGUUCUGAAAUUAUACACAUCUGAAUAGGAUUUACAAUAAUAUGAUGCAUUUUUAUUAUGAAGGCAAAUCAUACAGAGGAAAAUUAUGACAAGUUCAUAACAUAUUGCAGGUAACUACAAGAUUUCAAAUUCAUGUUACAACAAAUUAUCUCAUAUAAUCAUUUAAUAAUCUUCUAUAAAAGGUCCUGUGCUUUUUCGAUGGUGGGUUAAUGCCAAAGAUGAUCAAAAUACACUUGCACUUCACUAUGGCAAAAUCUUUUCAAGUCUUGAAAAUCUCUGUAUUUCUCAGCAGAUAUUUUAAGAUCACCUGCAAAAAAAUCAGAAUCUCUUAAUUUAAAUAGCUGUAUGCCUAAUACUAAAAAAAAUACUAUUUCAAUAAAUAAAUAAAACUUUCAAAUCAUACUGCUGUAAAAGAAUUACUAUACCUUCAUAUUUAGCAGAGGGUAGGCUGAACUCGCCAUCUUUCAGGCUGGAAUCUUGCCCUUUCUUUCCACGAAGAAGUAAUGAAGCUUGCUCAUAUGCUCCAUUGUAGCUUCCUCUAUACCGAACCAGUGCUGCAUGGUGUCAUGUGACUUCCAAUUCUCUUAUUGGCCUGGACUGGAAAGGGAGUUUCUUCUUGUAUAUUGUAUUAUCCAGAUGCUCUGUCCAGCAUUUGAUUAUCUCUGGUUGCUCCUCAACAUCAAUGAUGACAAAAGGCAAAGCAUGUGUGUGUGAAUUCUGAAAAACCUGACACCAGUCCUUUGGAAUUUGACAUUCCUGAGUUUGGUCUAUCAUAUCAAUAUUUUUAUCACAUUCAAGGUACAAAUGACCUCUUAUGAGGAAUGUCAUCUUUACAUAGUCCAAUCGUUUUUCUGUAUGGACCAGAUGGUGAAGGAAUCUGAACACAGUGGCAUUCUUGUUUUGCCCUCCACAGGAGUCACAGAAGAUCCCCAGAUGUCCGACUUCUGGAGUUAGAAAAUUGUACACAAAAUGAUAAAGGAACAAUGAAACUUCGUCUGCUCCUUUUCGGCCUUUGCUCUCUGGAUGCAUGUAAAAAUAGCUGUCCCCUGUUGCCAAAACAUGAACAUUGAAUAUAAAUACAAAAAGCUGUCAUUUAUAAUAAACUUCAUUUGUCUUUAUAUUUGGACAAGGAAAGUUUUUGCUAUAGUCCAUCGUAAUUGCAACCUUUGAUGAAUUUUUUUGACAUUCCAUCUUUGCCCUUUUUUCCUGUCAUAGAACACUUUUUGUUUUCUGAGACGCAAUUCAUGGGCUAUUUCAUUGGAUCAAAGUUCGGAAUGGAGCCUUACUUUAUUUUCAACAGAUGAUCGUGGAUAUCCAAAACUUAUAUUGAAAUCUGAGUUGAAUAUAGUGUGGUAUGUUUCAUAUGACAUGUUCUGAUCCUGAAACUCCUCCUUGAACAUAUGUAACAUUUUUUUUAAUAUUCAAAGACUCUGGUAGGUAAAUUUUUUCUGACUUUGUCAAACUGUAGUGGCUGUUGUGA